UCAGUAGAAGUAUCUAGAUGAUGGAGCCAGAAUAAACUGGAAAUAUAAAGAAGGUGAUGCCCAUGUAUAAAUAGCGGUGGCAAUCACCAAAUGAGUCAGUCUGUAAUAAAUCGUCAUUGAGUAAAGUUAAUAAAGUCAAGUGUGCUUUCGUGUGUUAAAGAUAAAAAGACAGCCUUACAGUCUACUAUAUAAGUUGUGUUAUAAAAGUAUUUGUGUAUAAAACUGUGUAAAUAAAGAGUUGUUGUAGUUUUUAACAAAUUGACGCUUUUAUUUGCAAUAAGAAGAAUCCAGUUUAUUUCAAAAGGAAAUAAACGAACGUUUUAAAAGGUAAAACGUAACAAUUGGUGUCAGAAGCGGAAUUGCAUAAUAAAAAGCAGUCAUGAAGUUCGAAGAACUAAAAGUGGAACAACUCAAGAGAGAAUUGAGUAAGAUGGAGUUACCGACAGCCGGUAAUAAGGCAGAAUUGCAAAAGAGGCUAAUAGAUGAAUUCAAGCGGCGUGACAUUGACAUAGGUACAUACGAAUUCGAGUACAAAGAAGAAACUGAGAUAUGUACUCGCUCAACAACGAGCAACAUGGACUUAAACACAAUGUUUGCCGCUAUGAUGGAGAAAUUUGCUGAAGUUCAAGAAACUUCUAAGGCUAACUACGAGAAACUUCUUACUGACAACGAGAAACUUCUUACUGACAACGAGAAACUUCGAGCUGAGGUUAAAGCUGAAGUAAAGGAAACUUUUAAACACUUAGCUGAAAUGGAAGCAAAAUUUCAGGAAAGUUCAAGAGCCACAGAAGAAAAAAUUCUGGAAGUGUCUGAGGUUAUUAAUAGCAGAGUAGAUGGCAUUGACAAAAAGGUGUCAGACUUAGAAACAAAGAUGAAUAAUCUGCAAUAUCAAGAAGGAGCUGUACGAAUCAUUCCAGAAACCUCGAGUAGAAUAAAAGCCCCUAGUUUUGAUGGCACCACACCUUUUAAUGUGUUCAAGUUCCAGUUUGAGACAGUUGCCAUCAGAAACAUGUGGAAUAAUGAAGAAAAGCUAGAAUUGAUCUUAGCCUUAAAAGGAGGUGCUUCAGUAGUUCUUGAGAGCGUACCAGUGAGCAACAGAAAUAAUUAUGACGACAUAAUGGAAGCACUACAACGCAAGUACGGUGGAGAACAUAAAAAGGAAUUAUACCGAAUGGAAUUGCGUGGCAGAGUGCAGAAGGCCAAUGAGACACUACAAGACUUUGCAUUGGAAAUCGAGCGAUUGAUACAGCUUACUUAUCCAGGAGAACAUCACCCGUUUUUGGAUAUUUUCAAGAUAGAGGCAUUUGUAAAUGGCAUACGUGAUCCUGAGAUAAAACAUGCGGUUUGUGCCACACCAAAGCCAUCAUUCGCUGAAACUGUCUCAUUUGCGCUGGCACAAGAAACGGCUAAAAUAAUUUCAAAGCCACAAAUAUUCAAGGUACGAAAUGUCGAGGUUGUCGCUGAAAACGAAAGGAAUAUAGUCACUGAGAUAAAAGAGGCAGUUUUAGAGGCUUUAAAUGAGAAACAAAAUAAAGCCAAAAUCAAAUGCUAUAACUGUGGAAAAACCGGACAUAUUCAGCGAAACUGCAAAGCACAAAGAAAACGUACCAGAUCGGUCUCACCGCCAAGAAACAACCAACAGGUAAAUCAUCACUCAUCACAAGAAUCACCUUUAAAUUAAAACGAGCUAGCACUGAGGGGCAAGAGCUAGCUCCCACAUAUGACGGCCCCACAAUCUCCA